UAUGGGUUUAUUAAGAUUGAAAAUUUGAUACUUUUUUUGCUUGUUGUCUGGAAAGCUGGAACGUAAAUAGUCUCAUGUACGUUACGUACCUGUGAAAAUGCAUUUCAUGGAGUUUCAGUUAGACAGGUAGAUGUUUAAGAGUUUUUCUGAUCCAUUAAUGCUAUCUCAUUGAUUCGUAUUUUUACUAAGGUUAAGAUAGACAAUUUUUCAUCUACUAAGGAUUAAGAAAAUACAGCAAAAUGGCUAACAAUGGUAAAUUUUCUCAUGAUUCCCACCAAGAAGUAGGUAAGCUAGAUUUGCAUCUUGGAGAUGUGCCUUCGGGAAGGUUCGGUCAUACAACGACUUAUAUGGGGAAUAACACCAUGAUACUUUUUGGUGGUGCCGUUGGUGAUACAGGAAAUUACUCAAUUUCUAAUGACACUUAUUCGUUUAAUUUUAUUACUAAAAAUUGGGUUAAAAUUGUGGCAGAAAACGCCCCUUCGUCACGAGCAGCACAUGCUGCUGCUUGCGUCGACUCAAUGCAGUUUGUUGUAUAUGGUGGUGCUACUGGAGGGGGUUCUUUAUCUACAGAUGAGCUAUAUUUGUUGGAUUUACGAAAGGAUUCUAAAUUGUCUUGGAUGUCGGUACCCAUUACAGGAGUGACUCCAGGUCGUCGUUACGGCCACACAAUGGUGUAUCAUAAGGUUUUAGAGGGCCAGCACAGAUCUAAUUUGGUAGUUCUGGGUGGCAACGAUGGAACAAAAACGUUAUCUGAUAUUUGGUUUAUGGAUGUUCAUAAGUCUCCAUUUUCAUGGAAUAAAGUAACGAUUCCAUUAAAUGUAAAACAACCAUCUCCACGGGUUUAUCAUUCUGCAACGGUUUGUCGAGAAGGUCCAGCUGCAGGAAUGAUAGUUGUUUUUGGAGGACGGACGAUGGAAAGUCGUUCCUUGAGAGACGCAUGGGGGCUUCGUCAACACCGCGACGGUCGCUGGGAUUGGGUUGAGGCUCCUGUUAAAAAGGGUCAACCAACGGAGUCGCGAUUCCAACAUUCUGCAAUAUUUUUAGGUCCAAAGAUGAUUGUCAUAGGUGGAAGAGACACGGAUGUUACAAAAAUCCGGCCUGUUUCAAUAUAUGAUACGGAAUCAUGUGAAUGGAGAUCGUUAAGUUCAAUUCCAAGAUUUCGCCAUUCGUCUUGCGCUUACAACGAUACGAUCUACACAUUUGGAGGGUUUGAUCAUCGAAGUCCUUCACAUCCAAGUUCUGAUAUACUAUUUUUAAAUGUUUUGGCGUUUCCUAAUUAUCUUAAUGAGAAGGAAAAAAAUAUUAUGUCUAAACGUUUAGUAGGAGAAAAUCUAGCAGGAACUGAGUCACUAGCGUUGCUUAAUCCUGGAAAAGGAAUAUCCUCAGAAAAAUCAGCAAUGCCACAGUCUGUUGCUAAAUCAAUUGAUUCUUACGUUUUCCCGUCUGCUUUUACUGGUUUACCAAUCGGGCAAAAUUCUUUGCCACAACAAACAACUACACCGUCUUUUCAUUUAAGCCCUACCAAGCGAUCGGGUGAAGUGCGACUUUCGGCUCAUGUUUUAACAAAAGUUGAUUCACCUUACAAUCCGGAUUUCUCUGCUUUAGUUAGAAAAAUUUCAAUUGAUCGAUUGGAGGAUGAAGGAAAACGCAUACGGGGCCAUUUAUUUCAAUACAAUCGUUCAAUUUUAAGUCCUCCCUUGGUCCAACCCAUCUCGGAAACGGACGAAUCAUUAACGGAUCGCGUCAUUCGACGUUUGCUACGGCCAAAUGUGACGCCGUCUAAAUUAGAUAAAGAAUUCAAUCCACAUGCUUCAUUUUGUUUAUCGUGGGAUGAAGUAGCGCAACUCUGUUUAGCUGCUUUAAAUGUAGUUAGAAAUGAGCCAAUGGUUCUUCAUUUAAGGGCUCCUAUUAAAGUCUAUGGAGAUGUGCAUGGACAAUUUUAUGACUUGAUGCGCUUGUUUGGAAGUUAUAAAUGCCCGGUUGAAGAAGAUUGGAGGGAUGAACAUAUUGUUCCUGAUGAUGUUGACAUUGUGGGUGACAUUGAUUCUAUUGAUUAUUUAUUUCUGGGAGAUUACGUGGAUCGAGGAACACAUAGUUUAGAAGUUAUUUGUUUGUUGUUUGCAUUAAAAUGCCGUUAUCCAAACCAAAUUCAUUUAAUACGUGGAAAUCAUGAAGAUCGAUCUAUCAAUGGUGCUUAUGGGUUUCAAGAUGAAUGCCGUCGCCGUUUACGUGAAGAUCCAGACUAUGAGGAUUCAUGUUGGGAAAAAUUUAAUAAAGUUUUUGACUAUCUACCUGUAGGAGCCCUUAUAGAAGAUCGUAUCCUUUGCAUUCAUGGAGGUAUUGGUGGAAGUAUACAAACUUUGAAAGAUAUAAGUGAACUAAAAAGACCUCUAACGGUUUCUCAAGUUCCAGAGACUGAAACUGAGCAAAAAGUAACUGACCUUUUAUGGUCCGAUCCUACUGAUAAUGAUUCUAUCACCGGAGUUAUCCCAAAUGUAACGCGAGAUCAAGACGGUAGUGGCCGUAUAUUUAAGUACGGCCCUGACCGUGUAUCUUCAUUUUUAUCUUUCAACAAUUUAGAUUUAAUUAUUCGAGCUCAUGAAUGCGUUAUGGAUGGUUUUGAAAGAUUUGCAGGAGGAAAACUUAUAACGCUGUUCUCUGCAACCGAUUAUUGUGGACACAGAAACGCUGGCGCAUUACUAUUCAUCCGCCGAGAUUUAACCGUUAUACCUAAAAUUAUUUAUCCUCCAGAUCGUGAUCAUCUUCAUCUACGCAAUACAUGGCUUACAAUGGAUUCCCGUCCACCAACACCUCCUCGUUCAAUGCGAAGAGAUAACGAUUGUGAUUUAGGAUUUUAAGUUUGCUGAGUGUCAAAUUUGAAUGAUAUUGUACAAUGAGAGGACAAAAGGUUACCCAAUUGUGUCAGUUGAAUGGGAUUAUUACACCACAUUCUAAGCUCAACGUGGAAUGUCUAAUUUUUUUUUAAACGGAACAACUCUUUAAAUAAAAAAAACACAUUUAAUCUUUUUACGAACUUAACGUGUUUUACUCUGUUCUUUUAUUUUAUGUUCUUAUUGAAGUUAUUAGCGAAAAAUUAUUGCUUUUGUUAUAGUCAUCCUCUUAAUGCAACUCUUUAAACGACUAACAUGAGGCGUAAAUUUUUCUUUAUUUUUCAAUCGUUAAUUUCCUAUAUCCCUAUUUAAAAGUUGGUAUAUUUCUUUUUGUUUCAAUGAAAUUAAAAGACAUUUUUGAAAAUAUUU